UCAAAAUGGUUGUGAAACAGUUUAUUCUUUUAUAUCUCUUAAGCUUUUUAUGUGAAGCUAAAAGUGAGAGACACGGAAAGCGUAAAAACGACCACGGCGACAAAAUGUUGUGGAAAAACGAAUACGAAAAUGAAUUAACCAAUGCAAUGAUAACUUCAAAAAAACAUAGAAAUUUUACGCGGGUCCCACAAUCAACAUCCGACAGUGAAAUGGUUUUAGAAAAGCUGUUGGAAUCAAUUACGUCUAGUGAAAAAUAUUUAAAGAAAGUUGAUAGCAUAGAUUUCAGACUAAAUAGGUUAGAUAUAGAGGUACAUGAAAAAUCUAAUAGUAUUCUUAAAUACUUAACUGAGAUCUUUAAAACUGUCCAAAAUUCAGGAUACACUGAGAAAAUGGAACCUGAAUUAGAUAGAAUAAAGCAAGAUAUAAGUGAUAUAAAAAAAUUAUUUGAUAAGACUCUACGAACGAGUGAUAAGGUUGAAGGGACCGAGUACCAAAUGGAAACGUCAUUGGAUAAUCGUUUGACAUUUUUGGAAAGUCAUAUGAAGAAUAUAAUGGCUAGUGUCGAAUCAAUUGCCUCGAUUAUAUCCGAAGUGAAGACUCGACAGAAUGCAAGAACUGUGGUCAGGCCUGACGUAACUGGAUCUUUGGAAGCAAUUGGACUAAUCUCAGAAUUUAGAAGAGCAUUACAGGAACAGAAGUCGAAAAAAUGUGACUGCAAAAUCGGUAGAGUGGAUCGCAUCGAAAGAUAUCCAACAGAUUGCCAGGAGAUUCAAAUGCAGGGCUUCAAUGUGUCAGGGAUUUAUAAAAUUAGACCCGAUGAUAUGGAGCCUUUCUACGUUUUAUGUGAUCUUAGCAGUGCGGGCGGUGGCUGGACGGUCAUACAAAAUCGAUUUGACGGCUCCCAAGACUUCUUUAAAACAUGGUCAGAUUAUAAGUAUGGGUUUGGUAACCUGGCAGGUGAGUUUUGGCUCGGCCUCGAGAAAGUUAACUACCUCACGAAUCAGAAACUCUACGAAUUGAGAAUUGAAAUGGAAUCUCAAGCCAACCAAGAAGCUUUUGCAACAUUUUCAGUGUUCACUGUCGGACCCGAAUAUGAAGGAUACAGAAUCAGUACUUUGGGCACUUACAGAGGAAAUGCUGGCGAUUCUUUGUCAUAUCAUGCGGGUCAGAAGUUUUCCACUCCCGAUGUGGAUAAUGACGAGUGGAAGGAUGGGACCUGCGCGGUAGAACAUGGUGGAGCGUGGUGGUACAAGGAAUGUGAUAAGAGUAACUUGAAUGGCAAGUAUUCCCCUCCUGAAGAUCACCAUGGUCAGUCGAUAUACUGGAUCUCGUUCAAAGGGCCUAAUUCACCUCUUGCCAAGACCCGCAUGAUGAUCAGACCGCUACCUGCCAGCAGGCCUACGGAUUUCACCGAUCAAUCUAGGAAAAUUAUGGAAACAUCCAAACCAAAACCAUUGGACAAGCAGGCAGGGCGUAAAGACAAGAAUUAUGACACUCGCCAGCCUUCCUACCGUUAUGACGACAACUUGCGAGCAGAAGGCUUCUUUCCAACCUACGCGUAAUUUUAAGGAAAAAAUCAUUUAGUGUAUUGUGAUUUUGAUGCAACACUCGAAAACAUGUACUUUUAUUAAAACAUAAAA